GAGCUAUUUCUUUUAAAAGGGAAAGAUAGGUUACAAUACCACCGUCUCGUCCUCCCACAAAAAUAAAAUUAACUCUCUCACCUCGCCUCUGCUCUCUCGUUUCGCUCCAUCUCUCCUCUUUCUCUCUCUUCGGUGCACCUACAGUAUCAUUUCAGGUCUCCAUGUCUAUUGUGAAUCUGAAGAAGAAAAAUUUGUGGAUUCUUCUUUUUGAUUGUUGUUUCUUCAAGAGGGGACGUUGGUGGUGGGGUUCGUAAUUUUUCGGCUCUUGUUUUGAUCAUCGGAGAGUGAGUUUUUCGUCUCUGAUUUCUCUCUCUCCAUCCUUCAAUUGUUAAUUCGAUCCUUCAUCCUUGGUUGUUUGUGCUGAGUAUUCUUCAAUUGUCUCGCGAUUGUGCUGAAUUAGUAGUAGUGGUAGUGGUUGACUGGUUGUUGCUUUCUGUUUGACUCAAAGUUUCUGGUGUUUUGAUUGAAAGUUAAGAAAAGAAAGAGAACUUCUUGUUCUUUGCUGGUUGUUGAAUCAUGAAAGGGUUAUUGGGUAGAAAGUCGUUUCCGCCUGGGUUUCGAUUUCACCCCACAGACGAAGAACUCUUCAUGUUUUACUUGAAGAGAAAAGUAAUGGGUAAAUCAUUAGGUCCUCAGAUGAUAGCUGAGGUUGAUGUGUAUAGGUUUGCCCCCUGGGAUCUCCCAUCAAUGGCGUGUCUGAAAACAAGGGACCUGAAUUGGUACUUCUUCUGCCCUCGAGCGAAGAAAUACCCUAACGGAGGUAGAGCCAAUAGGGCUACUGAAUGGGGAUAUUGGAAGUCAACGGGGAAUGACCGGACUGUGAUGUAUUCUUCCCGUCCCGUCGGGAAGAUCAAGACUCUGGUGUUCCACAGAGGGAAGGCUCCGAAAGGGGAACGGACUGAUUGGGUGAUGCAUGAGUUUAGGCUCGAAGAUAAGCUCCUUACCGAAAAGGGUGUCCCUCAGGAAUCUUAUGUGAUCUGUAAGGUGUUUGAGAAGAGUGGUUUAGGGCCGAAGAAUGGGGAGAGUUAUGGAGCUCGAUUUGUGGAAGAAGAAUGGGAUAGUGAUGAUGAUGAUAAUGCGCAGGAGACAGAUUACGGUCUUGUGGUGCAUGAUACGGGUUGUGGGCGUGGUGGUGAUAGCCCCGAUGUUUCAGUUUUAACCUCAUCUUUGGGUGCUCCGAAUGUUACUUCUUCGGUUCAUACUCCGAUUCCCCUAGCUGUUUGUGCUGCUGCUAAUGCAGCAUCUCCAAACUCUGCUGCUACUAAUGCAGCAUCUCCAAACUCUGCUGCUACUAAUGCAGCAUCUCCUACCUCUACUGUUACUAAUCUGGUAUCUGCUACCUCUGCUGCUGCUUUUAUGGGUGAUCCAUUCACUACUGCUGCUUCUAUGGGUACUCAUUACGUUACUGAUCUUUCUAUGGAUAUGCAAAAUGCUGCUCCUGCUUCUGUGAGUAUGCUAAAUGUUGAUGAUUGUUCCGGUUCUGGUUCUGGUUCGGGUUCGGGUCUGCUAAAUGUUGCUGAUUGUUCUGGUUUGGGUUCUGGUCUUGCUAUUGAUGCAAUGACAGAAGAAGACGUGGACAGGUUGUUGAUGCAUUUUACUGAGAACGAUGAAGCUACUGGCGAUAUUUACAGUGGAUUGGGGGAUUUGUUUGAUCCUUCUGCCCUGAAUAUUGAUUGGAGCGAUUUGGCUGAUCCUUCUGCUGCCGAGAAUGGCGAUUGGGGUGAUUGUUUCAUUGAGAUGAACGAUCUAAACUGAAGUUUGUUUAUUAUGAUGCUUAGAUUUGAUAAUGUGCAAACUCACUCUGCUUGUAAGGCUGUUCAUAUAUUUGAACCCAUUUAGAUUAUGCAAUGCUAUGUUUGCUUUGUUAUUGUAACUGAUAUGAAUGGUAUUCGUGUCUUAAAUCUUUUUUCUUUUCAUGUUAUCAAAUCCUUUUGAUUGUAAAACCUGGAUUCUAAAGUGAAAUGCAGAAACUCUCAAAAGUGGUUUGUUUCCCCA